AUGAAGUUGAAGGUGUCCGCCCCUAGCGCGGACAAGCCGGCCGGUGACAUAGAAGGCACGGGCAGCAGCGACACGCCGUCCCCGCUGUCCGUGGGAGGCGAUGACUCUCUGGGCUCAGACGGGGACUGUGCGGCCAACAGUCCAGAGGUAGACGGCGGCGCCAGGGAGCCCGCACGAGGCAGCCUGGGCAAAGAAGAGGAAGACCGGGUGGCGGCGGCGGAGGAGAGCGCAGGCGGCCAGGAGGCCGAUGCGACGGGGCCUGGCCAGGGCGCGCGCGGCGAGAGCAGCCGCGGUAAGCCGUACACACGGCGGCCCAAGCCCCCAUAUUCGUACAUUGCGCUCAUCGCCAUGGCCAUCCGAGACUCUGCGGGCGGGCGUCUAACGCUAGCGGAGAUCAACGAAUACCUCAUGGGCAAAUUUCCUUUCUUCCGCGGCAGCUACACGGGUUGGCGCAACUCGGUGCGCCACAAUCUCUCGCUCAACGACUGUUUCGUCAAAGUGCUGCGCGAUCCCUCGCGGCCCUGGGGCAAGGACAACUAUUGGAUGCUCAACCCCAACAGCGAAUACACCUUCGCCGACGGGGUCUUCCGCCGCCGCCGCAAGCGCCUCGGCCACAAGGCAGCCGCCACCACGGCCGUGCUGCGGCCCGAGGAGGACGCAGUCCAACCUACUGCAGCCGCAGCUGCCGCCGCUCCCGGAGGCGGCCCAAGCCCUUCCUCGCCCCCGCCGCGUCCGCCGGCCCGCCGGGAUGACAGCGCGAGCCCUGCGGGCAAGUUCUCCAGCUCCUUCGCCAUAGACAGCAUCCUCAGCAAGCCCUUUCGUAGCCGCCGCGAGCGCGGCGCCGAUGCCGAAGCGCGUCUGCUGUGGGGCGCCGGGGGCACACUCCCCGCCAGGCCCGCGCCCUGCCCCGCGCCCGGACCGCUGGCCGGGGGCGGCUCGCCUCCGUGCUGCCCCCUGCGGCCGCCCGGAGCCCUGCAGGCGGCCCGGGACUGCGACCCUAGCGCGUUCCGGCCUGGCCAGUUGGAGACGCUCCUAGCUUGA